GGGCCCGCAGUGGCGCGGUGUCCCGGCGGCGCGAGCGGCCGAGGGCCAUGGCCGCCUCCCUGGGCCCCGCUGGCCCCCGCGGCAGCGCCGGGGCCGUGCACGCCCCUGGCCCGUCGGGCCUCGCCCUCGAUUCGGGACUCGAGAUCAAAACCCGCUCGGUGGAGCAGACGCUGCUCCCGCUGGUUUCGCAGAUCACGACACUUAUUAAUCACAAAGAUAACACUAAAAAGUCUGAUAAAACUCUGCAAGCCAUUCAGCGGGUAGGACAAGCUGUGAACUUGGCAGUUGGAAGAUUUGUUAGAGUGGGGGAAGCCAUCGCCAAUGAAAACUGGGAUUUGAAAGAAGAAAUAAAUAUUGCCUGUAUUGAAGCGAAACGAGCAGGAGAAACGAUUGCAGCACUUACAGAUGUCAGCAGCUUGAAUCCCCCAGACCCUGAUGGUCAGAUCACAAUUUUCACAGACAAAGCAGGAGUGAUAAAAGCUGCCAGAUUGCUUCUUUCUUCAGUGACAAAAGUGCUGUUGUUGGCUGACCGAGUAGUCAUUAAGCAGAUAAUAACAUCAAGAAAUAAGGUCCUUGCAACUAUGGAAAGACUAGAGAAAGUGAAUAGUUUUCAAGAGUUUGUCCAAAUAUUCAGUCAAUUUGGAAAUGAAAUGGUGGAGUUUGCACAUCUAACUGGAGAUAGACAAAAUGACCUGAAAGAUGAAAAGAAAAAGGCGAAAAUGGCAGCAGCUAGGGCGGUCCUGGAGAAGUGUACGAUGAUGCUUCUUACAGCGUCCAAGACGUGUCUCAGGCAUCCCAACUGCGAGUCAGCCCACAAAAACAAAGAAGAAGUGUUUGACCGCAUGAAAGUGGCUCUGAACAAGGUCAUCGAGAUUGUGACCGACUGCAAGCCAAAUGGAGAGACGGACUCUGCGUCUGUUAGUAUUUUUUCCGGGAUUAAAGAAUUUAAGAGGAGUAUGGACAUUCUCCGGGAGAAUCUUUACUUCCAGUCAAAAGAGAAUCUUUCUGCCACACUGGAUGUCAUCUUGGAGCGUACAGAGGACUUCACCGAUUCAGCCUACACCAGCCACGAGCACAGAAAACGCAUCUUGGAACUGUGCACUCAGGCAAGAACGGCACUGCAGCAGCUAAUUUCUGUGUGGAUGCAAGCACAAAGCAAGAAAACCAAAAGCAUUACUGAAGAACUGGAACUGACGAUACUGAAGAUCAAUCAGAGCCUCAGUGAGCUGAGGAGAGAACUUCAUAGUACAGCCACUCAACUGGCAACUGAUCUGUUAAAAUACCAGGCUGACCAUGCGGUUCUGAAAGCAUUAAAACUUACUGGAGUAGAAGGAAAUUUAGAUGGCUUGGCCGAAUAUGCCUGCAAGCUCUCUGAACAGAAAGAGCAACUUGUUGAGACCUGUCGGUUGUUGUGGCACGUGUCUGGAACAGAGCCUCUUGAGAUCACCUCGUUACACGCAGAGGAGACAUUUCAGGUGACUGGACAGCAGAUAAUUUCGGCUGCUGAGACAUUGACGUUGCAUCCAUCUAGUAAAAUUGCUAAAGAAAACUUAGAUGUAUUUUGUGAAGCUUGGGAAUCUCAAAUCAAUGACAUGUCAACACUUCUAAGAGAAAUCAAUGAUGUGUUUCAAGGAAGACGAGGAGAGAAGUAUGGAUACCUUUCACUUCCAAAGACACUGAAGAAUAAUGCAAACCUGAAAUCCUUAAAGCCAGAAAAGCCUGACUCUGAGGAGCAAGCCAGGAUAGCAAAGCUUGGCCUUAAGCUGGGUUUGCUCACCUCUGACGCCAACUGUGAGAUCGAGAAGUGGGAGGACCAGGAGAAUGAGAUUGUCCGGGGCGGACGGAGCAUGUCCAACAUGGCCUAUUCGCUGUAUUUAUUUACUAGGGGAGAGGGGCCACUAAAAACUUCCCAGGAUUUAAUUCAUCAGCUAGAGAUUUUUGCUGAUGAGGGCUUAAAGCUAGCUUCAAGUGUACAAGCUUUCUCCAAACAGCUGAGAGAUGAUGACAAGCUUAUGCUUCUCCUGGAAAUAAACAAGCUAACUCCUCUCUGCCAACAACUCCAGACAAUAACUAGGACACCUUUCCAGAAUCAAGUCUUUCUAAAGGUCGAUAAGUGCAUUACAAAGGCGAGAUCCACGAUGGCUAUCUUGGUGCAGCUCCUCUCGCUGUGCUAUAAGCUGAUGAAGAAGUUUCAGAUGGAAAACAACAAGUGGGGCUCGGUGACAAAGAAAGACUCUGUGAAUGGCAAAUCCUGAGCUUUUGGGGUCAGAUAUCUGCAACAUCGCGUGGCAAGGCUGACGUUUUUCUAAAACAGAUGAUCCUUUAUAUUUUUAGAAAUUCAAAAAUUUUAUUAAAAAAAAAACCCACACACCAUGAAAUACUGCUGUAUUUUCUGACCAUAAAAUCAAUUGUGGAAACUUUUGGAAACUAAUAAAUGCCAUGGCAAUCGCUAGAA